AUGGAUGAUUCUACGAAAUCACGCUUGAAAGCUAUUCCGUUGUGUAAAACUAAAGCCGGGCCACGGGAUGGAGAUCUGUGGAUUGAACGGCUGAAGGAAGAAUACCAAUCCAUCAUCAAAUUUGUUCAAAACAAUAAGAAACUGACUCGGAUUGGUUCCGCCUUGAGUCGAAUGCAGAUGGAACGAAAUGGUUCGGAAAGUGUUGGCAUUACCACAACAUGA